GCGGAUCUCACGCGCUGUCCCCACCCCCACCCACUUCGCCACCCUGCGGAAGAAAUGAGAAGGGUUGCUGACUGGAAUCGGAUCUCAAUCAUCCGGCGCGGCGAUUCGCGAGCAGGCAUGAUUCAUACAGCCAGCUAGUAUGGCCUCAAAAGCUAUAAAAAGAAGGCCUUGCAGUGCUGACACUGAUAAAACAAGUGAAAAAUAUAUGGAGACAACAAUGCCAGAUUCCAUAACAGAACCUCUUCUAGUAGAUACUCAAGAAGAUAAGUCCAAAAGAUACGAAGCUACUACGCGGUCAGAAUUCUGGGAUGGGAAAAGGCAGGAGUGCCUUCGUUGGGCACAUCUUCUAUCAACUUUUAUUGCUCAGUCUGCAAGAAAGAUAGUAAUUGUUAUUUCUGAAUUUGGAUCUUUGCUAGCAAGACUCUUCAGUUGCUCUUCUGCUUCCCAAAGUUCACAAAAUGGUCAAAUUCCAGUUAAUCUCAGUCCAUUACAGGAACAAAGAUUGAGAUUGUUGAGACAAAGGUUGGAUGUGCCAUAUGACUGCUCCUCUGUCAAGCAUCAGGAUGCUCUGAAAGAACUUUGGAGGUUGGCUUAUCCUAACCGACAACCUCCUCCUCUGAAAUCAGAUCUGUGGAAAGAGAUGGGCUGGCAGAACUCCGAUCCAGCAACAGAUUUUAGGGCUGGUGGAUUCAUGUCCUUGGAAAAUCUAGUAUACUUCGCCAGACAAUACCCAGAUUCCUUUCAUAGGCUAUUACACAAGGUGGAUGGCAAGAGAGCUGAAUGGGAAUAUCCUUUUGCAGUAGCUGGUGUAAACAUAUCUUAUAUGUUAGUGCAAAUGUUGGAUCUACAAUCAGGAAAAUUGAGUACAAAAGCUGGUGUUCGCUUUGUCCAACAACUUGAAGAUGACGAUACCGCUUUCGAUAACCUUUUCUGUGUAGCAUUUCAGAUGCUUGAUGCUCAGUGGCUGGCAAGGCGAGCUAGUUAUAUGGAGUUCAAUGAGGUUGUAAAGUCUACACGAGUUCAGUUAGAGCAAGAGCUUACACUCGGAGGCAUUUGUAGUAUUCAAAACAUGCCAUCAUUCAGCAUGUUAAGAAGGUAGCCCUGUUUGUUCUUCACAGGAAAAGAUACUGUUACCUGUUGAUAGGUUGUUUAAAUACGUUGUUCAUUCUUUUACUGGAUAUUCAAGAUGUGAUACUGUGUAAAUUGAUUAUAAUAUAAAGUUCCAGUCCAUAUACA